AUGCGUCAUACACGGACGAUAGAUGGCGUCGAACUAUCCUUCGAGGACCGAGGCAUGGUCACAUCUGAUCCAACAAUAGUCUGUCUGCCAGGCUUGGGUCAGGACCACCGUUGCUACCAAUACAUCCUCCCCUUCUUGGUGGGCAAGUAUCGCGUCAUCAGAAUUUUAUGGAGGAAUCACGGCGCCAAUAGCGAAUCGACGGGCAAGUGGACCGUGGAGGAUCAAGCAAACGAUACGAUCGCACUUUUGGACACUCUCCAGGUCCAAAAAUUCAUUCCCAUUUCUCACUUCCAAGGAGGCUGGUGCGCGAUGGAGAUGGCCGCACGUCUAGGGAAGACUAGAGUCCCGGCUAUGCUAUUGACCGAUUUCAUCCUCACGCGGCCACCAGCAGAAUUUAUUGAGGGCCUGCAGAUGAUGCAGAACAAGGAGACCUGGCAGCAGGGUCAGGCCCCCCUCAUUGAGAAAUGGCUCAAUAACACUUCCAACAAGAACGUACUUGACCAUUGUCAGAAUGAUCUAGACACCGACGGAUUCGAAAACUGGUCUUAUUUUUGCUGGCUGGUGGAAAAGAACUACCAGCGCUGGAGCUCACCAAUGGAGCGCCUUGAGGCUAUCAAGGACCCUCCUUGCGUUCGACAUGUCUUCAGUCAUCCCAAAGAGGAGGCUUAUCUUGCUGAACAUGAAGAAUUUGCACGGAAACAUCCUGAUUGGUUCAGCUUCGCCAGGCUCCGCGGGGAAUCGCACUUCUCCGUUAUCGAGCUACCAGAAGCUGUGAGUCUGCAAUUAUCACAUCUUGUCAAUCAAAUAAAGAGGAAAUAG